GUGGGCCGCCAAUGGACAGCUCGCCAGCUCAAGCUCUAAGGCCUUUGGUAGCGUGACGCAGUAGGUGGUCUGUAGUAGGCACCCGAAUUAUCACAGCUUUCUCGUCGCAGACGCAAGGGCACUUGCACGAACCACGACAACGACGUCGACGACAAAUACCAUUCCCGAUGGAACAGCCACAGUCACAACCAACCGCCGGCUCUCUGAGCUGGCGUCUUAGCUCUCAUCCGAUAACGCUGCUCACCUUCCUCGCCUUCCGCGUCUCCUCCCUUCUCGUAUACCUCUUCGGCGUUAUCUUCACGGACAACAUGGUGCUCAUCUUCAUCAUCACGAUCCUGCUGCUGGCCGCCGACUUCUACUACCUGAAGAACAUCGCCGGCCGUCGCCUCGUCGGUCUGAGGUGGUGGAACGAGGUUGACCCUUCGACGGGCGAUAGCCAAUGGGUGUUUGAGAGCAGCGAGCCCGGAACCAAGAUUAUCAACCCUACCGAUUCCCGCUUCUUCUGGCUUGCUCUGUACUCGCAGCCUAUACUUUGGGUUGCCCUUGCUAUUCUCGCCAUCAUCCGAUUGAAGUUCAUCUGGCUACCUCUUGUGGCCAUUGCCCUCGCUCUCACCAUCACGAAUACCCUUGCCUUCUCCCGCUGCGACAAAUUCAGCCAAGCAUCCAACAUUGCGGGCAGCGCAUUAUACUCAGGCAAUCUUGCCGGAAACAUUGCGAGUAACCUGGCCGGGCGCCUCUUUACUUUUGGCCGCUAGACUUGAACAAACAAAAUCUGCAUUGUCUUAUAAAGGCCGGAUAAGGGACUGGGGUAUGAUAGGGCAACCUCAGCAAUUUGCGAGUAGGGCUAGAGCUCACUGGGCAAAAUGUAUUACUGUAGGUAGGCUAAGGGAGGGUUAAUCGUCAUUAUCUGUAUCAACAUGAAAUUUCAAAGUUAUUAUGAUCCUGGGGUUUACUUGUUAUCAAAUUCCGUUCCCACCAAUUGCGGUAACCUAAAACCAACUUUCAGCAACUUACAUGCACAUCGAUAUUUUUCCGUAGAGGUUCCAUAUUCUACGGCUUAAUCCGAGGACCCCAGCUCCAUUUCGUUUCGGAGAGACGGUGUCAAACAGUGGAACCAGCUUAGAAGGCUCGUGAGCCAUCAUGGUACCAAAGAUGAUUGGUUGUCUUCACGAAAAGUAAUAUAUAAACAUAACGAAGCU